CCCUAUAUUUCCCCUUUGUGAUAAAGCUCAUCAAGAGCUAUCUCUCAGAUGAGACUCUGAUAAUUCCUUUACCUUGCGAUGGUGAAUUUGCCGCUCAGUGUGUGCUUACGGUAGGCAUGGGUGUAUGAAUUGAGGGUAGUGGUGAUUGUGAACUGCUCAGAAGGGAGAAAUCCACUAUUAAAAGAGCUCACACAGUGCCUUAAAAAAUGACAGAGUGACAAACUGCUAACUUUAGGUUUGUGCGAAAAAGGGCAGGUUAAACACAGAAAUGGUGCUUAAUGGUGUUCAGUAUUUUCAACCUGUUGUUUCUUAUGUGCAAGGAUCUAAAGGCGUGACAUGGGAGGGAGGUGUGCGCGUACCCUCCAUAGCCUGGUGGCCAGGCACCAUCCCAGCUGAUGUCACCAACCAUGAAGUCAUCAGCUCCAUGGAUCUCUUCAGCCUCGCUGUAGACCUCGCUGGAGGGUCCCUACCCACAGAUCGCAUCAUCGAUGGGCGGAGUAUCAAGGAGGUGUUACUACACGGGGGCCGGUCACCCCACCAAGCCCUGUUCCACUACUGUGGCAAACGUAUCAUGGCAGUACGGCACGGGCGAUACAAAAUGCAUUACCACACACAGGAGGUCCUCACAGACGAGGCGCUGUCAGCAUUGUGCAGGCCGAGGCGCGUACAAAACCGCAUGGGAACCUUUCACUGCGGAGUGUGCUUCGGUGCCUACGUGACGACCCACGACCCCCCUCUCCUGUUUGACUUGGACGAAGACCCUGAGGAGGCCUACCCAUUGCCGGUGGAAGAGCACGCGGAGAUUGUGUACGAGGUGGAUCAUUUGGUCUCAGAGCACCAGGCUGGAAUGGCCCAUGGAUUGCCACUCUUCAUUGAUGAAUACAUGGGUUCACCUGUCAUACCUUGUUGUAAUCCUCCAUAUUGUUGUUGCAGGGCAAAAUACGACAGUAAAAAUUGGUUUUAAAAUUAAAGGACAUAUUUUGCUACAUAUUGUAUUUCAUCACUAAAAUAAAAUAGCAUGGAUGACCCCCAACAAUUAAAUUUGUGUCUUCCAAAGGUCACGCUGUAUUCAAUCAUAUGCUGCCAGAUUUAAUUUGAAGUUGCAUGAUGUA